GUCGACGUACUCAGGACACCUACGUCGCAAUUGUUUCGCUCCGUCCAGCUCGAUUGGGUUCCGUGUCUAUCUAUCAAUCAGGAUGCAGCUGUGGCAUACCGUUAUCCAGCUCAGUUUGCUGGCUUUUACUGCUGCCCCGACCGCAGCGAAGGCCGCGUGGGGGUUUACUGAUGCCACCGUGUCAAUUCAGGCCAAGGGAGCUGGAGUCGGCUCUGGAUUGAAGGAAAAUAUUCCCGACAACAAGGCCCUUCCCAAGCCCGUCUCCCUCGGAAGUGCCGACACUCUGAAAGUGACUCUCACAGCCCGCGAGGGUAGCUCCGCAAAACGCGCGCACCAAGUGUUCCUACUCCUCCAAAACCCUGAGACCGGCCUAGACAUCUCGUAUCCCUUCAAUGUGAAAGAUAAUGGCAAAUCGAGGAUUGAGCUGACUCAAAAAGACCUUCCCGUUCAAUUCCUUUCCUUGCCUGAGCCACUCGAUGCAAAGCUCCUGAUUGGAUCCUUUGGCAGCUCGGAGGCCUACAACGGUGCUGUGUUCAAGUUAGCAGUGACCAGAAACCCAGAUCAGCCGGUCCCGACUGUCGAGGUCUCAAGAUACGGAAAGCUGCCUGAAAUCCACCACAUCUUCAAGGAUGAUCCGCAAAGCCCACCAGUAGUCAUAAGCCUCGCUUUCGUGGCAAUGGUGCUAGCCACUCUUCCGGUUCUUGCCGGUGUGUGGCUAUUCCUCGGCGCCAACGUUUGUCACCUCCCCAAGGCUUUCAAGUCGUCCCCAAUCCCUCACGCUGUUUUCCUCGGCUCUCUUCUCUCCAUCGAAGGGAUCUUCUUCCUGUACUACCAGUCCUGGACCCUCUUCCAGGUCCUCCCCGCCGUAGCCGCGGCCGGUACGGUCGCAUUCAUCAGUGGUAGUCGCGCUUUGGGUGAAGUACAGGGUAGACGCCUUGGUGGCCUUAGGUAAAUCUGGCCGGUACUGGAUUUACUGGAAAUUUCCAAGAUGCAACUGAAUACCGUCUGUAUUGUUGUUUAGAUAACUGCGAUCCGCUUCCGCGUGCAGCAUAAGUGUAGAAGUUCCCAAGCAAGCCAAUAGCACAAACACAC